CACACCAAUGGAGACCCUGAGGCGCUGCUUCCAUAAACGGCCCCUCGGGGGAGGGGCGGUGUUGUAUUCCCGCCACCAGGAUGAGGAUGAGGAAGAGGAAGGGGAGGGGGGGGCAGGAGCCGCCAUCGUGAGGCUGCCCAGGCCACGCCCCCGCGGUAGGCUCCACCCCCACGUGACGUUGGCGCUAGGCUCCGCCUCCGCCUUCCUGGCCGGGCUUCUGGUGGCCGCGCUUGGCCACGCCCCCUGCAGGGGAGCGCCUUGGGCGGGGACGUCGCCUCCUGGCCCCGCCCCCGAGGAGGACCCGGGGGGCGUGGCCAUCGCCGAGGCCCCGCCCCCGUGGCCGCGUCUGCGGGAGCUGCUGCAGCGCCACCUGCUGGAGGAGCGCAUCGAGGCCUGGGUGCGGGAGGUCAGCAAGGAGCCACACGGGGCGGGGUCAGAGCGGGGGCGGAGCCUGGCGGGGGCGGUGCUGGAGGCCAUGGAGGGGGCGGGGCUGAGCCGGGCCUGGAGCCACCCCCAGCCCCUCCCCCUCCCCACACGGGGGUCAGCGUCGCUGCAAUGGGUGGACGGGGGGGGCCGGGAGCUCAAGCGGCUCCGCUUGGACCCGGAGGCCUUUUGUGCAUGGAGCGCCCCCGGCAACGCCACGGGGGGGCUGGUCUAUGCUCACUAUGGCCGCCCCCAGGACCUGGCGCUGCUGCGGGCCCAGGGGGUGACACCCAGGGGGAACCUGCUCCUGGUGCGGCUCGGACGCGGCCCCCCCGCUGCCAAGGUGGCCGCAGCGGCGGGGGCGGGGGCUCUGGGGGUGCUCCUGUACCCGGACCCCCAGGACACAGCCGGGCCGGGGGGGGACCCCGGCCUGGGGGGGGACACGGCCGUGACCGUGCACCUCCAGGAGGGCUCGGGGGACCCCUACAGCCGGGGCUUCCCCUCCUUCACCGGCCGAGCCCCCCCCGGGCCCCCCCCGGGGGUCCCCCCCAUCCCCGCGCACCCCAUCAGCGCCAACACGGCCGCGCGGCUCCUCCGGGUAUUGGGGGGGCCCCGCGCCCCUGCGCGCUGGGGGGGGCCCUCAAGGGGGCUCCGGUACCGGCCGGGCCCGGGGGGGCGGCGCCUCCGGCUCAGCGUGGCCGCGGGAACCGAACCCGGGACCCUCACGAGCGUGUUCGGGGCCCUGGAGGGGCGGCUGGAGCCGGACUGUUACGUCAUCAUCGCGGCGCAACGCGAUUCGCUGGGCCCCGGGGCGGCGGCUUCCGGGGUGGGCACCGCGCUGCUGCUGGAGCUGGCCCGGUUCUUCGCUGCCAUUGGGCGGGAAGGGUUCCGGCUCCGCCGCUCUCUGCUCUUCGUCAGUUGGGAUGGGGGCGAAUUCGGGCACUUGGGGGCCACCGAAUGGCUCGAGGGGUACCCCGACCUCCUGCACACCAAAGCUGCUGCUUACAUCAGCCUGGACAAGGCGGUGCUGGGUGCUGACCGCUUGGUGGCCAAAACCAGCCCGACCCUGGUGAACCUGAUCGAGAGCGCGCUCAGCCAGGUGGAAAGCCCCAACGAGGGUGGGAGGAGCCUCCUGGAGCAGGUGACGCGGCCGGGGCGGGGCUGGGAGAGUGACGUGAUCCGGCCGCUGCCCCCCGAGAGCGGAGCCUUCCCCUUCACUGCGGCCGCCGGGGUCCCUGCGCUGCAGCUCGGCUUUGAGGAGGCUCGGGGCCUGUCCCUCCAGUGCCUCUCCUCCGCCCGCGGUGACGUCGUCCGCGCCGCCGAGCGCCUGCGCCAGGACAUGGCCGGGGCCGACGCCUCCAACGAGCGCCUCAACCGCGGCUUCAACGCCCGCAUCAUGGCCGCCGAGGCCUCCCUCCUGUCCCCCUUCGUGUCCCCAUUGGUGGCCCCGUUCCGUCACGUGCUGCUGGGCCGGGGGGAGCACACGCUGCCGGCGCUGGGGGCGGCGCUGGGGGCGGGGCUAGGGCCGGGAGGGGGCGGGGUCAGCGCCCGGCUCCGCCUGCGCCUGGAGCUGCUGGCCUGGACCCUGCAGGGCACGGCCGGGGCCUUGGCUGGGGAUGCCUGGGACCGGGGGGGCAAUGGGGGCAUGGGGGGCGAGACCUGGAGCUAUGGGGCCAAUGGGGGCCAUGGGGACAGUGGGGACCAUGGGGCCAAUGGGGGCAUUGGGGACCAUGGGGGCUAUGGGGGCAUUGGGGACUAUGGGGGCAAUGGGGCCAAUGGGAGCUACGAGGGCUAUGGGGAUGCUUGA